AUGUCCCACAUGAUGCACAAGGUGAAGGAGGCCUUGAGUGGCCACCAUGGUGAACGCCAUGGUGAACGUCAUGGUGAAUCCACCUCAACGAACGCGGGCCCCCAUGACUCCAACGUUGCCAACAAGGCUGAUCCUCGGGUCGAUAGCGACCGCGACAACCGCGCUCGCACUGAGGCCAUGGGAGGUACUGCUGGUCCUCAUACAUCUGACACUGGCAACAAGCUCGACCCUCGGGUGGACAGUGACCUAGACAACCGUGGUGCUACCACCGGCGGCGGCUAUGGCACAGGCCCUACAGGCCCGACUGGCGGCAACACUUACGGCGGCGGCAGCACCAACGUCGGACCUCACGACUCCAACGUUGCCAACAAGCUCGACCCACGAGUUGAUAGUGACCUGGACAACCGUGGUGCUACCACCGGCGGCUAUGGUACAGGCCCUACUGGCACUACCGGCGGCAACACUUACGGCAGUGGAAACCCCGCCACUUCUGGAUCCUACGGUACCAAAAACACCCUCGAAACCAGUAAAAACACCUAUGGAUCUAAGAACACUUAUGAAAAUACAAGCACCACUGCUGGUCCCCACAGCUCCAACAUUGCCAACAAGCUUGAUCCCCGCGUUGAUAGCGACAGAGACAACCGUGCUCGCCACGAAGCCAUGGGAGGCACUGCCGGCCCUCACGACUCCAACAUCGCCAACAAGCUAGACCCUCGUGUGGACAGUGACCUGGACAACCGUGGUGCUACCACCGGCGGCGGCUACGGCACAGGCACUGCACCAGCUGGAAGCAGCUACACUGGCACUGGCGCUGGUCCUGGUGCUGGAACCACGGCUGGUCCUCACAGCUCCAACAUCGCGAACAAGCUCGACCCUCGUGUCGAUUCCGACAGGGGCGCCACAGGAACUCAGCGUGGUUACUAA